AUGGCGGUCGACAAGGCCGAUGCCUUUCCCUCCCCCAUUAUCCCCAGCACGCAGCCAGGGAGUCCGGACAAGAUAGACUUCUAUUCCAUAUUCGAGCCGACCCUUAGUUUUUCCAAUGAUCAGCUUUCGCCUGGGGAAAACGAUUUUCUGGACCUAUUACAAACAGAAAGUCCCCACAGUGAGCCAAAAGUGCUUCACGCAGGCCAUGACUCAGCCAAAUCAGCACAGUUAUCAUUCCCCUCUGAUGGUCUUGGUUUGAUGAGUGGUGUCGUUUUUGGCGACGAACUUAGCUCAUCGUCAGCCUCGAUCAUCGAAGACGUCGGCAAGUUAAUCCAGCGAAAUUGGCAAUCCCAGAAGUUCAAAGACCAUUUUCAGCUUGCCGAACUUCCCGAGGCCACUCCUGGUGAGAGUUCCGAGUCUGCGGCGUCUCAGGUCCCCUCUUAUUGGAAAGAACUUUCGCUGUCCUCAUGGGAUGCGUCGCCUGGUCCUACUUCGAUAAUCGACCGCAUCCCUUGUGAAUGCCUGUCCUCUCUCUACCUGGCCCUCGACUCCCUCUCUCGUUUACCUAAAGAUGCAGAUGGUGCUUUGCGCAUCGCCCGACGUGCCUCCGAAGUGGCUCAUGAUGUUGCCCGGUGCACAAAGUGCUCUGAUAUAGCAGUGGAGGAUCUCCUCAAGACACCCGUUAUGCAGUGCUUUCAGAACAGAAUGUGUCUUGCUACUCUCGUUCCAUCCACGUGCAACGCUUAUGCUGCUAUUCUCGAUAUGAUUGACAAGCAAGCUGCUGCUGCCCGGGAAAAUGGAAAUACUGUACGGCUUUCAUUCAAUGAGGUUGGCAGCAUAUUUCCAACCUCCGGUGCCGACAAGGACUGGACAAAGCUAUUGCAUUGCAACAAUCACGGGAUAGGCCCAGACCUGUGGCGUAGCAUUAUGCGUGCCAUUAUACGUGUCGAUGUCUGCGGCGUCGAUAUCCCUCCGACCGAUAUGCUAGGAGACAUCCAUUACAGGUACGGGCUGCGUUAUGUCGUCAAGCUCAUGGAAGAAGGCAGUGGCGAACGUCAUAAAUACAUGGAUAAGCUCGCUGCCGAAGGCAGACUGCAUGAGAUCGUCGUGACCCUGAAAAACACCGACAGCUCUGUAUGGCCAAUCAAUUCCUCUCACCUUCCCCUAACAGCGACAGGAAAUUUUGACAUUCCCUUUCACUCGCCACACUUCGAUCAACGUUCUCUUCUCUUCUCAUCACCAUUCCCGCCCCCAUUUCCCGAUGAUUUAACUUGCCUGUGCGCAGCUUCGAUUUCGCCGUCGGUCGACCGUACGUCAGACACCAAGAAGCUGCAUGUCGUGACAGCCGGUGCUAUCGCUGGGCUCGUGUCGCGCUUCGUCAUCGCGCCGCUUGAUGUCAUCAAGAUUCGCCUCCAACUACAGGCACACUCCCUGUCCGACCCCCUCGAACCCAAGCGACGAGCACCUCCCUACCACGGCGCCAUCGAAAUGUUGCGACACACUGUGCGUCACGAGGGCAUCACGGGACUAUGGAAGGGCAAUGUCCCAGCUGAGCUCAUGUAUGUGUGCUACGCAGCUGCGCAGUUUGGCACGUACAGGUCCGUGACACUUUUCCUCGAGUCGUCAGGCCUGUCGGUCAAACUCCCCGACGCGGCCGAGAGCUUCGUAGCCGGCGCGUCGGCCGGCGCCAUGGCAACUACUUUGACAUACCCGCUCGACCUGCUACGCACGCGUUUCGCCGCCCAGGGCCGCAAGCGCGUCUACACCUCUCUCCACGGUGCCGUGGGUUCCAUCUGGCGCGAUGAGGGCUUCCGUGGCUUUUUCCGCGGCCUAGCCCCCGGCCUCAGCCAGAUCGUCCCCUACAUGGGUAUUUUCUUCGUCACCUACGAGCAGCUGCGCAUCGGUCUCGUCGACUUAGACCUGCCGUGGGGUAGUGGUGAUGCCACGGCCGGCGUCGUCGGUAGCGUCCUCGCCAAGACGGCCGUUUUCCCACUCGAUCUCGUGCGCAAACGCAUCCAGGUACAGGGUCCCACCAGGAGCCGCUACAUCUACGGUGAUAUUCCUGAGUAUACAGGCGCGCUGAAAGCCCUAAAGUCCAUUGUUCGCAGGGAGGGUGUUCGUGGACUCUUUAGAGGUCUGCCCAUUGGGUUGCUCAAGUCUGCGCCCACGGGUGCCCUCACCAUCUGGGCAUACGAACGGACACUAAACACGAUUCUGGAGCUAGAGAAGAAGAAAGAAGAGUUCAAAAACAUCUAA